AUGUCUGCGAAGGACGGCCGCAAGAAACCCGCCUCCCCCGCGGUCAACCUGAUCGCUGGUGGUGGCGCUGGCAUGAUGGAGGCACUGGUGUGUCACCCGCUUGAUACCAUCAAGGUUCGCAUGCAGCUGUCGCGGAGAGCCAAAGCGCCGGGUGUUAAACCCCGCGGGUUCGUCGCGACUGGUGCGGAGAUUGUUCGCAAGGAGACGGCCAUGGGUCUCUACAAGGGUCUGGGUGCCGUGCUGGGAGGCAUCAUCCCCAAGAUGGCGAUCCGAUUCACCUCGUACGAGUGGUACAAGCAAAUGCUUGCCGACAAGGAGACGGGCAGGGUUACCAGCAAAGCGACAUUCUUGGCUGGUCUCGCGGCCGGUGUCACCGAGGCCGUCGCCGUCGUGAACCCGAUGGAGGUGGUUAAGAUUCGGUUGCAGGCGCAGCACCACAGUCUGGCAGAUCCAUUAGACGCACCCAAGUACCGCAGCGCGCCGCACGCCCUGUUCACCAUCGUGCGCGAGGAAGGGUUCAGCGUGCUGUACCGCGGAGUGUCGUUGACUGCGCUGCGCCAGGGUACCAACCAGGCCGCCAACUUUACCGCAUACACGGAGCUCAAGGCCCUGCUGCAACGCAUGCAGCCCGAGUACGCCGACAAGGCCCUGCCUUCGUACCAGACGACAUGCAUCGGCCUCAUCUCCGGUGCCAUGGGCCCCUUCUCCAACGCCCCCAUCGACACCAUCAAGACCCGUCUGCAGAAGACCCGCGCCGAACCGGGUCAGUCCGCCGUCUCGCGCAUCACCGCUAUCGCCAGCGAAAUGUUCAAGCAGGAGGGCGCCCGCGCCUUCUACAAGGGCAUCACCCCGCGUGUCAUGCGAGUCGCCCCUGGCCAGGCCGUCACCUUCACUGUGUACGAGUAUCUCAAGGGUAAGCUCGAGCGGUCCAACUGGGCGUUUGUCGGUGGCACCUUUGAGGAGUAG